CAUCAAUUUCAACAAUCGGUCCCCCAUAUGGCAGUGUAGCCCCUCCUCCAGACCCUAUCCCGGCAGAGGAAGUCAUUCAUGCUCCAGGACAGUAGAACGUUAUUGUCAGCCCUUUGGCCUAUAGAUUCAAAGCGCAAAAGGUCUCUGUCUACUCUGUUUGAGAAAGAUUCUGCCACCUGAUUUUAGGACUGUCGUGUGGAAGUGUGUGCAUGCAUAUCUGUGGUGUGCAUAUCUACGGUGUGCAUGAGCUUGUCGAGGAGUGCUUGCGUGUCCACCAAACAGGUGAUCCUUGUUUAUGUUCGAACCGACGUUGGACGUUACCUAUCCCCUGUUCUUGGACAAUGAUUGCAGUCCAACAGAAGAUACAUCAUCUAUUGCCUGUUUUCCUUCAUGAGCACGUUUGAAGACAAGCAGUAUUGUUUACUUUGGGCAGCUAAGCCUCAGUCAUCUUCCAAGUGUUCGAUAGCACAGUAUCCUGGAACUGACCUUCCAGUUCUAGUUUCCCAAAGUCAUAUUGCUCUCUCGUUUACUCUGAAUUUCUCCAAAUAAAUAAAAGAACAGCCAUUGGUUUGUGUUUUAAAUGUACGGGAUCCAGGAGCAUCUCAUAAGAGACGUCAGCGGAUUAAAAGAAAGAACUCUGGGAGAGGAGAUGGAUCCGGUCCGGUCCUGGGUGCGUAAUGUCGGUGUUGUCGAUGCUAACGUAGCGGCGCAAAGUGGUGUAGCUCUCUCCAGGGCCCACUUUGAGAAGCAGCCCCCCUCUAACCUGCGCAAGUCCAACUUCUUCCAUUUUGUCCUGGCACUCUAUGACAGACAUGGACAGCCUGUAGAGGUGGAGAGGACUUCCUUUGUGGACUUUGUGGAGCACGACAAGGAGCAGACGGGAGAAAAAACCAACAACGGCACGCACUACAAGCUGCAGCUCCUCUACAGCAAUGGGGUUCGUACGGAACAGGAUCUUUAUGCACGACUUAUUGACUCCGUCACUAAACAGCCCAUAGCAUAUGAGGGACAGAACAAGAAUCCUGAAAUGUGCCGGGUUUUGCUCACUCACGAGGUUAUGUGCAGUCGCUGUUGUGAGAAGAAAAGCUGUGGAAACCGCAACGAGACGCCGUCUGACCCGGUCAUCAUUGACAGGUUCUUCUUGAAGUUCUUCUUGAAGUGUAACCAGAAUUGUCUGAAGACAGCAGGAAACCCAAGGGACAUGAGGAGAUUUCAGGUGGUCCUGUCCAGCACUGUGAGUGUAGACGGCCAUGUCUUAGCCGUGUCUGAUAACAUGUUUGUCCACAAUAACUCCAAACAUGGCCGGAGAGCUCGCAGGCUAGAGCCUGGAGAGUCAGUGGAGAACGGUAUGGAGUAUGCCACCCCAUGUAUCAAAGCCAUCAGCCCCAGUGAGGGCUGGACCACAGGCGGGGCCAUGGUCAUCGUAAUCGGGGAGAACUUCUUUGAUGGACUGCAGGUGGUGUUCGGCAGCAUGCUGGUGUGGAGCGAGUUGAUCACGCCCCACGCCAUCCGUGUCCAGACGCCCCCACGCCACAUCCCAGGGGUCGUGGAGGUCACGCUGUCCUACAAAUCUAAACAGUUCUGCAAGGGGGCACCUGGACGCUUCAUCUAUACAGCGCUGAAUGAGCCCACCAUAGACUACGGUUUCCAGAGGCUUCAAAAGGUCAUUCCCAGACACCCUGGUGACCCUGACAAACUAGCUAAGGAGAUGCUACUGAAGAGAGCAGCUGAUCUGGUAGAAGCCUUGUAUGGAAACCCACACAGUAAUCAGGACAUGUUGCUGAAGCGUGCAGCGGACAUCGCUGAGGCCCUGUACAGUGUUCCCCGUCCCCACAGCCAGCUGCAGGCCCUGCCCAGCUCCCCAGCCCACGGCAGUGUCAUGGGCCUUGGCUCAUACCCCUCCCAGCUGGGGGUCAGCAUUGGCGAGCCAGGACAAACCAGCCAAGGUUAUAUUCGUAACUCCAGCAGUUUGUCCCCCCGGGGGUACCCCUCUGCCUCCACCCCUCAGCAGUCGGGGUAUGGGGGUGGUGGAGGCAUGAGUGGGGGGUACGGGGCAGUGCCCAUGACUAGUCUGGGGGUGCCAGGGUCCCCUGGUUUCAGCAGUGCCUCCCCCACUGGUUCUCCCUAUGGCAUAAUGCCAUCUAGUCCCACUAUCCCGGGUUCCAGCUCCUCCUCCCUCCUGCCGUUCUCCUCCUUCCCGUCCUCAGCCAAACAGAAGAGCGCAUUCGCUCCUGUCCUCCGGCCCCAGGGCUCCUCCUCUCCUGCCUGUCCCGCUUCAGGAGGCAACAGCUUCAGAGAUUAUUACUAUUCUCUUUCUCUAUAGCGAUGACCGGCCUGGUAGUUCCCCCGAUGUAGCAGCACUCCACCACCUCCCAUCCAUCACCUACAAACCAGACCAGACCACUGCUCCCACACUGCUACCCCUCUGCAGGCACUGACAGGGAUAAAUGGAACACACACUGACUUCUCAACCACCAACAACUAUCCUCACUGAUGCCCUGCCACUUGUUGAGUCCAUGUUUCAUCCAACUGAAUGAAAGGGAAUGGGACAGAAAGAGUCCAAAGACCAGCCAGUCACUCCAGAAGCAGAGAGAAGAAGACCUCUUCAUCUGCAGUAGCUGUAAAGACAUGAGACUUCCUUGGGCCACACCACAACACAAUGGAGCUCUAUGGGUGUCUAUGGGUGUCUCCGUAUUUUGAAUGGACAGCAGAAGUCAACGUCAAGAUGCCUUCACGAGCUUCGAAAGCACUCGUACCGCCCAAUGCUACAGCCGUAUGCAGCAUUUGGUUCUUCCAACAAAAACACCUGCCCUAAACUGUUCAACCUCUUGGCUAGCAGUGUGCUAGAAGAAAAUGUCUGUUGAUGAUUCAUUGUUAGAGCACUGAACUGAAUGGACAAUGGACAACUCUGAUACUAUGUGCUGAAAGUCUAUGAAGCAGGGUGCUAUUUGUCUCUGUCAGGACACUGUCAAAGGCAUGUCUGUACAUUGUCCCUGAGAAGACUCCAAGUUUUUUGUAGCAGAGUUUUUGAAGUGGAUUUACAUUCCAGAAUAAUAGACCCUUUAUUUUGUGUUCUGAUCCCCACAAUUUUACAAGGGCAAACUCUUUGUCCUCCUGGGUUGGUAAUACAACAUUUAUUCAUAUAUUGAUUUAUUUAAGAAGAAAAAGACAAGCAAUUUAACUUAUUAUUAUAGUUACUUUAGGGAAUAAUAUAAACGUGUUUUAAUUCCUUUUUUGCAAUUGUUAUAAAUAUGAUUAUGUUAUCGCUAUGUUGCCAUUAUUCUUGUUUUAAUUGAAAUCUUUGAGGUUUUGUCAGACAUGACUGAUGAUUAAUACAUAAGAGAAAAUUAAGUAAUACGCCAUGAAACGUUUAUUUGAAAUAAAUUCUUGGCCAAUACUUUUCCCUGGUUUGUCAUAUAACAAAAUAGAACUGUUAUGUCCAGUGUAAAAAAAAGCACAUUACCUUGCUGUUCUCCAUAAAGGAAAAUUAGUUAGCCUAUAUUAUUAUUAAUUUCAUUUUAAUGCAUGUUAUUUCCACACUGAUUCCCUGAUAUUAUUUCAUUACAUGUUGCAAAUUUGAAAUUCUUUGUCAAAGUUUAGGAUUUUUAUUGUUCAUUCAUUUUAUGUUUUUCAUCCCAUAGUCUCUGGUCUCUAUGCAGUAAAGUAACAAGCAUACAUAAACUGAAAACAAAGUAAGGAACAUAUUGGGGAUUUGUAAUAAACCCAUGCAACAGUUUUCUUACUCACUGUUGUAACACAAUACAAACAUCAUACUCAGGAUUAGAAAACAAAGAAUUGAAAAGAGGUAGCUAACAUCUAUUCAAAGUUGUUUGUUGUGUUUUGCUGGUUUUAUUUAUUUGAAAGUCGUAAAAUGUAAGGUUACUCAAAGUUUUUUUCUCCCAAAACCUAUCUUUCUUUUUUAAUGGUACAGAAUAACAUGAUGACUGUGUGAAAAUGUGAUUUGUAUAUCUUAAACUGUAAUUAUAUUUUGUCCUCCCAAAUAAAAUAAAAAAUCACAGUAAGAACUCA